AGAAGGAGACAGAGCAGACACAGCUCUGGGCUGCAGGCAGGGACAGCUUUAGUCUGGAGCCCAGCAGGGACACCUCCAGUCUGCACUAGGGCUCUGGACAGGGAAGACACAGCUCAGGAGGGGAAGGCAGAGAUUCCUGGAAGGACAGAGGUGGCCACACACAGUGGGCAGCACAGACUGAUGGAGAGGCCCUCAGAAGCUCCCCACAGUGGGGGGAGCCCCUGGAAGGGGCUCCUGAUCACAGCCUCCAUCCUCAGUUGCUGGAUCCAGCUGAUAUCUGCUCAAAGUUCUCCUGUCCCUAUUGUGCCAAAUCCACUCCAUGGGACAGUGGGUGGCAGUGUCAUCUUGGACAUCCAGGGGUUCUCAGAGCAGGCUCUCAGCUAUAAUUGGUAUAGAAAUACAACAGAGAACUCCAACAGGAUCACCAGCUACCAUGUCUCUUCUGGAGUGCAGAAACCAGCAGAUAUCCGGGAGAAGGUGUUCUCCAAUGGCUCCCUGCUCAUCCCCAACCUCACCCUCAGUGACACUGAUGUCUACAUUGUGCAAAUUGUUGAUUGUAAUGGUGUGAUAGCUACAAUAGCAAGAGCACAAUUACGGGUGUAUGAAGAACUAGCCAAACCUAACAUCAGUGCCAGCAGUACCAACGUCAUAGAGAAUGGCACUGUGGUUUUCACAUGUAGCACAGAAAAUGAGGGGAUGAACAUUCUGUGGUUCUUCAAUGACCAGCCCCUGUCACUCAAUGAGAGGAUGAAUACAUCUGAGGAUAACCAGACCCUCACCAUCAAGAGUGUGAAGAGGGAGGAUGCUGGGUCCUAUCAGUGUGAAGUCUGGAAUCCAAUCGGUGCCAGAAGAAGUGACUCCCUCACCCUGACUGUGAACUAUGGACCAGAGCACAUCGUGAUUCUUCCAAGCCCUGAGAGUGGAGAGAUUGAGGCCAGAUUGAAAGACCCGCUGACUUUAGUGUGUCACACUGAGUCUCACCCAACUGCCCAGUAUGAAUGGCAAGUCAAUGGCACCAAGAAGCCUGACUUCCCCAAUAACACCUACAUCAUCAAAAGUGCAUCUUGGGAAGACUCGGGAAAGUAUACCUGUUUGGCAAAGAACAAUGUGACCAACUUAUCAGUCUCUAAGGAUGUCACAAUCAAGGUGGUUGAAGAACUAGCCAAAUCUAACAUCAGUGCCAGCAGUACCAACGUCAUAGAGAAUGGCACUGUGGUCCUCACAUGUAGCACAGAAAAUGAGGGGAUGAACAUUUUGUGGUUCUUCAAUAACCAGCCCCUGUUACCCAAUGAGAGGAGGAAGAUGUCUGAGGAUAACCAGACCCUCACCAUCAAGACUGUGAAGAGGGAGGAUGCUGGGUCCUACCAGUGUGAAGUCUGGAAUCUAAUCAGUGCCAGAAGAAGUGACUCCCUCACCCUGACUGUGAACUAUGGACCAGAGCACAUCAUGAUACUUCCAAGCCCUGAGAGUGGGGAGAUUGAAGUCAGAUUGAAAGACCCGCUGACUUUAGUGUGUCACGUUGUGUCCUACCCAGCUGCUCAGUAUGAAUGGCAAGUCAAUGGCACCAUAAAGACGGAGUUGUCCCAUACCACCUACAUCAUCAAAAGCGUAUCAUGGGAAGAUUCAGGAAAGUAUAAGUGUUUGGCAAAGAAUGACAUGACCAAGUUAUCAAUCUCUAAGGAUGUCACAAUCAAGGUGGUAGAUAUGUCUCCAGGAAAAAGUGAUGGCUCCUCCCUCUGUGGAGGAGCCAUUGCUGGCUCUGUGAUUGGAGUCCUAGCUGGAAUGAUUCUCAUCCAGACCCUCCUCUACUUCCUGUUCUUCAGAAAGACUGGAAGGGCCAGCAAACACCACCUUUCAGAGGAGAACCCUUCAGCACCCAAACACUGUAAGGACACCACUCUAUAUGAAAAUACUGUUUGCCAAAAAGGCACAGCUCUGCCUGCACAGGGCCUGUACUCCUCCCCUGCUUUUCCUAAAGACCCACCUGAGAGUGCCUAUCAGGCAUUGGACAUCACCAGAGUGGAUGUUUAUGAUAGAAUCAAUCCUGGAAAAAGCCCCAAACCUAAGGAAGAGGGAAAAGUCCCAAGUGAUGUUGGAAUGGACUUUCUGUUUCCCUCAUUAAGGAAAAGUCAGAGGCAUCUCUCAGGGGAUAAAGCUGAGACAUCUGCAUCAAUGUGAAAAAAGAACUGGGUGUGAAAGAAAGAGACUGGAUUUGGGCAGAGAUAAGGCUUCCCUGGAGCCAGAGGCACCCAUACUUUCCAGAGAGGACUGAGAUGAAUGAAAGAAGUCAAAGCCAGGUGUGUCUGAGCUGCUCAGAAGCCAAGUUACCUUGUCUAAUGAGUUUGGGUACAUACUCUUGGGUACAAUAGCUUCAAUAUUUUGAACAUUCCCAUAUUUUCCUGUCUUCUUUAUAACAUUUAUCCAUGUAAAAGUCCUUUGGGAAACUUUCACAUUUAUUCCAACUGAAUUGAGAUGUAGAUGAGCCAUCAAACCCUGGUGGUCUUAAAAUAUUGAGAUUCUCAGAGUCAAAGAUACUAUGGUCUUAUGCUCCUGAGGUUCCAUGAAACCAGGAAUCUUUGGCUCUAGACAGCAUGAUCUCAAGGAUGGAUCAGAUCAUCUGGGUCCACCUGAGGCAGAAGAGGCUGAUGGCAGUGGAAACCCCAACAAUGU